AUUUAGAUAAGUUUGAAUAUUCCAAAAGUAUUUUGAAAGAAAAUGCUAAUGAUGUAGAACAAGCUAAAACUUCGAAUCCUUCAAACUUAAAAUCUCACCCUUAUUCUUCUGUAAUAGCAUCUUUCAAACCUUCUUAUUUUCCUAAUUUACCAUUGUUGGCUUCUUAUAAAAAACAUUAA